AUGUCUUCUUAAUCAUAAUCCACAGAAAAGAAAUUCUCAUCCUGUAAUAAUAUGCACUUUUUCACCAUUGCAUUAAAUAUCUUCACAUCUUCUUUCUUAUUCUUAUUCAAGUCAACUUGACUAUAUCAUUUCACUUCUUCCUUAUACGGUCUUUAUUCAAAAUUUGAUGUUUCUUAUUCUAGACUCAAAAGUUGAAGCAUAUUUAAUACACCUAGGACUCCAAAGCGAUUGAUCCAGUGGGCUAUAUCUAUGUUAAUCUUAUAUAUUUAUUACCUUGAACCUUAAUCUGUGUAUGUGUGUGUAUAAAAUUGUUUAUGUAAAAGCACUAAUUGAUUCAUCAGAAGGAAGAUUUUUUGUGUGAGUAUUAUGGAGUUGGAACAAGGUGGUAGAGAAAGAAUUGUGCAUAAUCAUGUUAGUAAAGUUGGUUAUGUGAAUGGUGUGAUAAACAAGAGGAAGAAGCCUUAUAGAAGGGUUAAGAGGUCAGUGAUUAGGGUUCCAAGGGCUCUUCAGGAACUCUUUGUUUCAUGCAAAGACACAUUCAAAAGCCCAGCCACUAUUCCUUCACCACAUCAUGUUCAGACACUUUGCCGCAUCCUAGAUGAUAUAAAGCCAGAAGAUGUUGGGCUGAGUAGAGAUCUGCAAUUCUUUAAGCCUGGAAAGAAUAUCAUCAAAGAGAAUCAAAGGGUCACUUACACAACCAUGUACAAGUGUGACAAUUUCUCCCUUUGCAUCUUUUUUCUCCCUGAAUCAGGAGUCAUCCCCCUCCAUAACCACCCUGGGAUGACAGUUUUCAGCAAACUUCUCUUGGGAAAAAUGCACAUCAAAUCCUAUGACUGGGUUGAUGAGCUUGAGGCCGAGGUCGAGGUCGAGGCUGAGCCUUCCAACAAUUUGAUGCAACAACAACAAAAUUCUAAAGUGAGAUUGGCAAAGUUGAAAGCAAAUAGAGUGUUGACGGCACCAUGUGACACUUCAGUGUUGUAUCCAACAAGAGGGGGAAACAUGCAUGAAUUCACAGCAAUAACACCUUGUGCUGUUCUUGAUGUAAUUGGUCCUCCUUAUUCCAAACAACAUGGCAGAGAUUGUUCUUACUACAAAGAUCACCCUUAUGCUGCUUUUUCUACCAAUGAAGAGAUGGAUAAGGGGAAAGAAGCGAAUGUAUAUUGGUGGUUGGAAGAAAUUGAAGUGCCAGAGAACUCUCAAAUGGAUGGGAUUGAGUACCUUGGUCCUCCCAUUGGUGAACCAUCCUUUUAGAUUUUUCCUUUUUGUUUUUUUAAAAACAAAAAAUGGUAAUUUCAUAUAUAAUAUAGCACUCUUGCUAAUUUCUUAAUAUCUUGAUGUGCAUACUGCUACGCGUAUAUAGAAGAUCCCUCUCCCCUUUACCAUUUUGUGUCAAUAGU